AUGAGUGGACAGUGGAAAUGUCACCCACCCGGUGUACAGCUGUACACCGAGACCGGCAAAAUCACCAAGGGCGGCGUAAUUUUGCCGGUUUAUCGCUGUGCACGGGGCUCCACAUCCUUGGAGUCAUUCCACCUCAACCGGUUCAUCCCAGGUACCAGGGCAAAUGCCAUGCAUUUCCAGGCAUUCCUGUUGGAUGGACUGGUGAGGUGGAACGAGGACCGUGCACAUGCGGCAGUGGAGGGAAAGAACAGGCAGUCCCUGCUCUCCUACAGUGGCCACCUGCAGCACAUCCUUAACCUGAGCAGCCAAAGGGUGCUUGGCAAGGAACAGGUUAAGGACUACUCCAAGCCUAGCGAGUACACGGGGGAACUCCUCGGAGUGGAGUACCUGUACUCGCAGACUGGCAGAGUGUUGCAGGAUGUCAGCGCGGACCCUGACCUUACGGAAGAGGCAGCCGCCGUCGAGCAGCUCGACGGCUUUCAGGAGGAUGUGGACCCGACAGUCCACAUCCCUCAUGUCACACCUAUGAGCGCCCCGUCCUUCAGCUCAGCGGCACCUCUGUCAGGGGAAUCCGCUGACGCACCCAGGUCUGGGCCAUCCAGUCCCACCGCCCCUGAAGACGGAAGGGGAGACUAA